AUGGCGACGGUACAGCUUCCCAUGACAAUGGAGGCACUUGUUGGCGGUCUGGAGCCAGAGGGCGGCUUUGAUCCGCAGUUCUGCCCAGUCAAAGCCCUGCCCAUCAAGAGAACGCAUCGCGUGCGCACGUUGCCUGGCUUUCACCUACUCUGCCUGGAUGCUGGCAAGGAGGCUAUGGCACGGGGAAGCUAUGAAGCCUUCGGGCAGCGUUUUCAAUGCGAGGGCCUGGAGUAUCUGCACCAAGACGACAAGGUCUUCGUCUGUCCGCAGGAUCAGAAGGCAUUUCUGAACCAGAUGUCCAUGAGAUAUCACCAGUAUAUCCGGCAUGAGCUCCAGGAGCGCAAGGCUGAAAGGAAGCGCCUCCGUGAGCGUGCCGAGGAGAGAAAAGCUCGAGCUGACCGGCAUCGACAGCAGCCAGAACCAGCGAGGGCAGUUGUUGCGAAUCCAACUCCUGCUGUCUUUCCAGAUCCAGCAGGACUGGAUGUCAAGCACAACCUCGUCUCCAGUGUUCCUGAAACGCCGCCGCCUGUCAACAACGAGGACUUCCCGGAGGCGAAGUCAUCGUCAAAGCCUCGAAAUGAGGCUGAUCCGAGGCUGGCGUCCACGUUGACACCCCUGCCGGUACAGACAACGCCGCUGACGCCGCCGCCAUCUACUGUGCCAGCUGAUGACCUUUACGGUGACCUGGGUGGCGAGCAGGAGUCGAAGCGGCAAAAGACUGGCUCCACCUAUGCAAGUGCCAUGACAGCGAUGAUGACUGACGAUUUCGACGACGACGACUGA